AUGGUCGCUACCAUCUUCUCCUCCUGGAGGACGGGUCCCUCCCGCGCUUUCCUCCUUGGCCUGUUACUAUGCGCGUGGCACGGCGCGGUCGCGGAGGACGUUUCCUUUUAUAAGUCGCGGCCAGACCUCUCUCCUCCUGUUUUCCACAUCGACCGCUCCGUGCCCGAAAAGCUGGCCCCAGGCUAUAUUUUUAUUACCCCUUACGAGGCCCGGAACCCGGGCCCUUAUAUUUUCGAUAAUACUGGGGAAUUAGUAUGGAGCGGCUGGGGUGUCUCAGGGCCGGGCAAUGCCCACGGCAUGCAUGUAUGCAAAUAUAAGGACGCCGACCACUUAUGCUUUUUCCAGGGCAACCAGCAGAAGGGGUACUGUCGCGGACAUGGGGUGAUCUUGGACGAUUCGUACCGCGUUGUCCGGUCCGUGCAGCCGGGCGGGGGCAUGGCUUCAAGUGACAUGCACGAGUUUCUUCCGAUCAACGACGGCAAGACCGCGCUUAUGACCGUCUACCAGCAGCGCCAAUUCGAUAUGACCCCGUGGAACGUCAAGACCGGGGUGGGGUGGUUGAUGGAGAGUGUCUUCCAGGAAGUCGAUGUCGAGACGAGUCAAGUGUUGUUCGAGUGGCGCUCCCUGGACCAUGUCGACCCGUCGAUGAGCUAUACCUGGCCCUCGCAUACCGAUACCUCCGGUACCGGGUUGAACGCGGGCGAACCCUGGGACUACUUCCAUAUCAACUCGGUCGAUAAGAACGGAGACGGCGACUACCUGAUCUCGUCCCGACAUACGUGCGCCAUCUAUAAAAUCUCGGGCAAGGAUGGCUCGGUCCUCUGGCGACUGCACGGCGCAAGCCCGACUUUCCGCAAUAUCAACUUUAGCUUUUCACAGCAGCACGACGCGCGGUGGUUGUACGAGAAUGCCACUCACUCGGUGCUUUCUCUCUAUAAUAAUGGCUACAAUGGCUAUAAUCGGACACAUGACUACUCGUCCGGCAUGAUCAUUCUUAUCGACCACGUGGAGAAUACGGCGACGCAGAUCCGCGAAUAUGCUCCUGCGAUUCCCGAUUUGGCCAGCUCCAGUCAGGGUAACCUGCAGCGUCUGCCGAACAAGAAUGUCUUCAGUGGAUGGGGGAACAACCCCUUUGUGUCGGAGCACGACGAGGCUGGUAACCUGCUGCUCUGGGCCACUUUUGCCACUGACACUGUCAUGAAUUACCGUGCGCAGAAGUUCGAGUGGGAGGGCAAUCCCACCGACUCCCCUGCGCUCUGGGCGUAUUCUCGAACCUCGGAGCCCUUUUCGCCCACGAGCUUCUACGUCAGUUGGAAUGGCGCCACGCGCGUCCAGGCCUGGCGAUUCUUCGGCUCCCACAACAUGACCGGGCCCUAUACUUUGCUGGACGAGGUUCCGAAAACUGGCUUUGAGACGGAGUAUACCAACGCCAGCUUCUAUCUCUGGACGCGCGCUGAGGCCAUUGGCGAGAAUGGAGUUGUGCUGGGCAAGUCGGAGAUCAAGUACACCUUCGUUCCGUCCCCGGAGCUUCGCGAGUUCUGCCAAGACGAGACCUGCCUCGACGCCCCGGGCUAUGGGUACCCCGGCGAGGACGCGGCCGGGCCGCUCAUCCCCCCGGCCGGCGUCAAUACCGUGCCAUGGGUCGACCCCGACCACGACGGUGCGAUCUGGACGUACCCCUCGGGCUUCCCGCAUACGAGCCCGGCCCCCGUCGUCUUCCCCAACAAAUGGCGUUCCAGGAACUUGCUCGUUUGGGGCGCCGCCAUCGCGAUCUUCCUCCCUCUUCUGGCUGGCAUUUACUUCGGCUGCCGAUAUCAUCUACGACAGCAACGGCUGGGUCCGUUGGACGACGACCAAGAGUUAUCCGAGCCGCUAAACGGCACGGCCAAGCAAAACGCUCCACCGCCGACGACAUAUCUUCCCUGGUGGAAUUGGCGCCGGUGGACCGCCGAGCAACCAACCCAUUACUUCCCGCUCGCUGAUCGCAGUCCCCCUGGGCGCGAGCGGGCAGAGUAA